GUAGCCUAGCUUAUGAUUGGCUACAUGAUGAAUAUUCAACAUAAGAGCGAACAAGAGGGGGCGGGGCACCUCAUGUGACGUCGAAUGAUAGCAAACAUGGAAAUACUGAUGAAAGAUAAGACGAAGAGAAAAUAAUUACUGCGAGUUAUUAUACAGCAAGUAGCCGUGUGAGCCCCUCAGGCACGUAGUUACUGAAAGCCUGCUGGUCCUCGCCCUGAGUGACUUACGUGCGAGACCAGCGAACGGCAGUAUGGGCAACACCAGCAGCGAGCGGGCGGCCAUGGGCCAGGGCGAGAAGGCCCACCGCCGGGACAGCCGCGGGGCGAAGGAGGGGGACCGGCCCAAGAUCCUCAUGGACAGCCCGGAGGACGCGGAUAUCUUCCACGGGGAUGACAUGAAGGCCCCGAUGGAGAAGGACGAGUUCUUUGCGUGGCGGCAGGACCUGGAGGCCGAUGAAAAGGGCGCGGCGGGGGACCGGCCCACAGUGUUCCGCUGGACCGGCGUCGGGAAGGAAGUGUUCGUGUCGGGCUCCUUCAACAACUGGGCCAACAAGAUCCCUUUAACCAGGAGUCAGAACAACUUUGUGGCAAUAAUGGAUUUACCUGAAGGAGAUUAUCAAUAUAAGUUCUACGUUGAUGGACAGUGGAUUCACGAUCCAUCAGAGCCUGUAGUAACCAAUCAGAUGGGCAGCGUGAACAACAUCAUCCAGGUCAAGAAGACGGACUUUGAGGUGUUUGAUGCUCUGAUGGUGGACUCACAGAAGUGCUCAGAUAUGUCAGACCUGUCCAGCUCCCCCCCCGGCCCGUACCAUCAGGACGCCUACACGCCCAAACAGGACGACAAGUUCAAGUCCCCCCCCAUCCUGCCCCCCCAUCUCCUGCAGGUCAUCCUCAACAAGGACACGGGCAUAUCAUGUGAUCCAGCCCUGCUUCCAGAGCCCAACCACGUCAUGCUUAACCACCUCUACGCACUGUCCAUCAAGGAUGGGGUGAUGGUGCUUAGUGCUACCCAUCGCUACAAGAAGAAGUAUGUGACAACACUCCUCUAUAAGCCCAUCUGAUCCCUGAUGGACUCGACUAAACUUAUCCAGACCAAACCCCUCCACUCUCUCUCUCUCUCUCUUGCUCUCUCGCUCUCUCUCUCUCUCUGUCUCUCUGUCUCUCUCUCUCUCUCUCUCUCUGUCUGUCUCUCCUGCCUGAAACAAGACACUGCCUGUGUAAUGCACAUGUGAUCUACUGUACAGACAUCCAGCCAGCCAGACAAGAUGGCUGCCGCUCUGGAGCACACUUGGACCUGCAGUGGUCCAGAUCUCACUCACACACACUCUGGCCCUGCAGUGGUGCCAGAUCUCACUCACACACACACUCCAUCAGGACUAAACCCGGCUCACACACACUCCUGCUCACACACUUGGACCUGGCCCUGCAGUGGUGCCAGAUCUCACUCACACACACACGCUGCAUCUGGUCUAAACCCUGCUCACACACACUCCAUCAGGUCUAAACCCUGCUCACACACACUCCUGCUCACACACACUCCAUCAGGACUAAACCCUGCUCACACACACUCCAUCUGGUCUAAACCCUGCUCACACACGCUGCAUCUGGUCUAAACCCUGCUCACACACGCUGCAUCUGGUCUAAACCCUGCUCACACACGCUGCAUCUGGUCUAAUGUUGGCCAGAGGUUGCCAGGUCCUGCUGAUGUGUGCAGAUCUGGGUCACGUCCCGCUAACACGAGGAGCGUCUGGAGUGGACAGCACUGGACGGGGGCGAUGGCUGUGUGCGGACACAAAGGGACACACACACACACACACACCGCCACCCCCCAUGUCACCCCCUCUGCCAAUGCUACUGUAUCUCCACAGCCGGCUCCCUGGUCUCUCAGCUCGGGCUUCUAUUCUUAUAUUCACGGCUAUCUCUUGAUGAAAUGCUAUUUUUCUCGGAAUGUUCUUCGGGCAGGGAUCAUGGGAGUUUGAGUUCUUGAGUGUUUUUUUUUUAUAGAGCGUCUCACGUUACAAGAGUAUAGGGAAGUGAAUGGAGACGACAGAACAAUAGACUCACUGAAAAGCCUCGAUACACACUGUACUCUCUCCACUUGCCAAAGUCCACACAAGGGCCUUCACUUAGUUACGCCUCCAGUUCAGUACCAACAAGUAAUUGUGUUAUACUCUCUCUAUAUAUUAUCUAGGAAUGCUUGUGUGGUUUUUGUUUGUUUGUUUUCCCAUUUCAUUUCCAUUUCGGAGGCCAAGUAUUCAUCCCCAAGUAAGUGGAGGGACCAGUUCUGUUAAAGAUGUUGGAUUGGAAAGUGUGUGUGUGUGUGUGUGUGUGUGUGUGUGUGUGUGUGUGUGUGUGUGUGUGUGUGUGUGUGUGUGUGUGUGUGUGUGUGUGUGUGUGUGUGUGUGUGUGUGUGUGUGU